AUGACGUCCAAACUGCAUACCGAGGUCCUCAAGGUGGACUCGGGCUCGAUUUCGUUCAACGCCGACGGAACAGCGGUGGAUAUCUCCGAUCCUGAAACCAGGGCCAAUUUGCAAAAAGCAGCAGAUAUCCUCAAUACCACCAGCCACGCUAUAGGAUUUCCUUCCGAAACUGUCUACGGGCUCGGGGGCUCGAGUCUGAGCGACGAGUCGGUCAAGUCCAUCUACGCAGCGAAAAAUAGACCCGCAGAUAACCCGCUAAUCUCGCACGUCUCUUCGAUCAACCAGCUGCAAAGAAAGCUGCUGGUUCCCGGCCAGAAAAUCCCAGACAUCUACGAGCCGCUGAUUGCCAAGUUCUGGCCCGGUCCGCUGACCAUUCUGCUGCCCAUGCCUGCAGACCUGACCAGCUCUCCGAUCUCGCAGCUGGUCACCGCUGGCCAGUCCACUUUUGCCGUGCGAAUGCCCAAACACCCGGUCGCGCGCGCACUAAUACUGUUGGCGGACUUGCCCUUGGCUGCUCCGUCUGCAAAUGCGUCCACAAGACCGUCGCCAACCACGGCAGCACACGUUUUCCACGACUUGCAAGGGAAGAUACCUUUAAUUUUAGACGGUGGUCCGUGCGACGUUGGGCUCGAAAGCACCGUCGUGGACGGUUUGUCUGACCCGCCGAUGCUGCUGCGCCCGGGUGGAAUCUCUUUGGAGCAGAUCAAACAGGCCGGCGGCCCAAGAUGGAGCAACAUCGUGUUGGCCAAGAAAACAGCAGGAAAGCUCGAGCCGGUUAGAACUCCAGGAAUGAAGUACCGUCACUACUCGCCAACCGCAAAAGUGGUGCUCUUCACCAACUGCGGCGACGGGAAACAGAAAGUCGGCGACUACAUUGCCGAAAACAAUCUCGCUGGUAAGAAGAUCGCUUUGCUUCGAACGCGCAAUUUUGCAACCGCAGCAGAAAUCAGCCCGCUCAUCACCUUGGACAGCCCGCUUGGCCAGUCCGGAGACGAAAUCCAGCACAACCUGUUUUCCUCGUUCAGAGACCUGGACGACCAGAACUACGACUUUAUCCUGGUGGAAGGUGUGGACGAGACAGACGAAGGACUGGCAAUCAUGAACAGACUUAGCAAAGCAGCCAGCGAAACUAUAAAUGGCUAA